CCGUGCAGCAGCAGCAGUUAUCUCCGCGAGCGCCUCACUCCCCUCACGCCGAGCUCGAGCGGUUUCCACCUCCGUCACUGUCGCGCGAGGGCUAACGGCCCGGUGUCGUGAAAAAAAAACCGGAGAACCGGGCAACAGCUGCUGAGAGCCGUUUGAGAAAUGUGUCACCCGUGUGAGGAGGUGGCGAGAGACACCGGCUUCAAUAAAACAGAUAAACCAUCAUGAUUCCCAUUACUGAGCUCCGGUACUUUGCUGACACCCAGCCAGCGUACCGUAUCCUGAAGCCAUGGUGGGACGUUUUCACCGACUACAUCUCAAUCGUCAUGCUGAUGAUUGCGGUGUUCGGUGGUACGCUGCAGGUCACGCAGGACAAGAUGAUCUGCCUGCCUUGCAAGUGGGUGGUCAACAAGUCGUGCGAGACCAUGCCCGUGCCAAAUGUGAGCACCGCCUAUGCACCAGAACCCAAAGGCAUUCAGUAUGACCUCGACCGUCAUCAGUAUAACUAUGUCGAUGCCGUCUGCUAUGAGAACAAACUGCACUGGUUUGCCAAAUAUUUCCCCUAUCUGGUGCUACUCCACACUCUUAUCUUUCUGGCCUGCAGCAACUUCUGGUUCAAGUUCCCCCGCACAAGCUCUAAACUGGAGCACUUUGUCUCCAUCCUCCUCAAGUGCUUUGACUCACCCUGGACAACAAGGGCUUUGUCUGAGACGGUGGUGGAGGAGAGCGACUCCAAGCCUCUGGGAAAAAUGAACGGCUCGAUGGACAAGAAGGCCUCGUGCGUGAGCGAAGAUGUCGAGGCCAGCGUGCCCAUGCUCCAACGAACAAAGUCCAGGAUCGAACAAGGAAUCGUGGAUCGCUCUGAAACUGGGGUUUUGGAUAAGAAGGAAGGGGAGCAGGCCAAAGCUCUUUUUGAGAAGGUGAAGAAGUUCAGGAUCCACGUAGAGGAAGGCGAUAUAGUGUAUCGUCUUUACAUACGUCAGACCAUCAUCAAAGUAAUCAAGUUUAUACUGAUAAUUAGCUACACGGUCAAUUAUGUACGCUACAUCAGGUUCAGCGUAGUUUGCACGGUGAACAUUCAGAAACUAACAGGGUACAGCACGUUCUAUUGCGCUCACCCACUGGCAACUCUUUUCAAGAUUCUGGCCUGUUUCUACAUCAGUUUGGUGGUGGUCUAUGGGCUUAUCUGCAUGUACACCCUCUGUUGGAUGGUCAGUCGCUCCCUCAAACGAUAUUCCUUCGAAUCAAUCCGCGAGGAAAGCAGCUACAGCGACAUCCCCGACCUGAAGAACGACUUUGCCUUCAUGCUACACAUGAUAGAUCAGUACGAUCCUCUCUACUCCAAGCGCUUCGCUGUCUUUCUGUCGGAAGUGAGCGAGAACAAGCUGAGGCAGCUGAACCUGAACAACGAGUGGACGCUGGAGAAGCUGAGGCAGCGCAUCACCAAGAACUCGCAGGAGAAGCUGGAGCUGCAUCUGUUCAUGCUCAGCGGGAUCCCGGACACAGUAUUUGAUCUGAUCGAGCUGGAGGUGCUCAAGCUGGAGCUUAUCCCCGACGUGACUAUCCCACCGAUCAUCGCCCAGCUCUCCAACCUGAGGGAGAUGUGGCUCUAUCACACACCAGCUAAAAUCGAGGCUCCGGCUCUUGCUUUCCUGAGAGAGAACCUGAAGUCUCUUCACAUCAAGUUCACGGACAUCAAGGAGAUCCCACUGUGGAUCUACAGCCUGAAGAACCUCAGUGAGCUGCAUCUAACCGGGAACCUGAGCGCUGAGAACAAUCGGUACAUCGUCAUCGACGGGCUUCGGGAGCUCAAAAGGCUCAAAGUGUUACGUCUGAAAAGCAACCUGACCAAGCUGCCGCAGGUGGUGACGGACGUGGGCGUGCACCUCCAGAAGCUCUCCAUCAAUAACGAGGGCACCAAGCUGAUGGUGCUCAACAGCCUGAAGAAAAUGGUCAACCUGACGGAGCUCGAGCUGGUUCGCUGCGAUCUCGAACGCGUCCCGCACUCCAUCUUCAGUCUGCACAACCUGCAGGAGAUCGACCUGAAGGACAACAACCUGAAGACGAUAGAGGAGAUCAUCAGCUUUCAGCACCUGCACCGGCUCGUGUGCCUGAAGCUGUGGUACAACCAGAUCGCUUACAUCCCCAUUCAGAUCGGAACGCUCACCAACCUGGAGAGGCUGUACCUGAACAGGAACAAGAUCGAGAAAAUCCCCAGCCAGCUCUUCUUCUGUCGCAAGCUGCGCUUCUUAGACCUGAGCCACAACAAUCUGACCAGCAUCCACGCCGAUGUAGGCUUCCUCCAGAACCUGCAGUACUUCGCCGUGACGGCAAACAGGAUCGAGACUUUGCCCCCGGAGCUGUUCAAGUGCAAGAAGCUGCGCACUCUGAAUCUGGGAAACAACUGCCUGCAGACGCUGCCGUCGCGCUUCGGAGAGCUCACCGGGUUGACGCAGCUGGAGCUGAGAGGGAACCGUCUCGAGUGUCUCCCCGUGGAGCUCGGCGAGUGUCGCCUGCUGAAGAGGAGCGGCCUGGUGGUGGAGGAGGACCUGUUCAACACGCUGCCGUCGGAAGUCAAAGAGCAGCUCUGGAGGGCCGAUAAGGAGCAGGCUUGACCUCAGCGGAGAGAAGUUUGAUCGGAGAAAAUAAACAAUGAUUUUGUUUAUGCAGGCAGGCAGGCAGGCAAACUUUGAGAAGUUUGAAGCAACGUAGGCCACCAGAAAAGCAAAGUCUUGUUUGGUUGGUGCUUGAGGCUUUCCUGGCAGAACUAUAAAAGCACGGAUGCGGUGCAAAUCAUAAGACCUCCGAGGAUGUCUUUAUUUUGGAAAUCACUAGUUUCACGGUCGCCAAGGAAAAUUCUCAUAAACCAAACUCAGCGAUAAUCGACGGUGCAGUAACGCGGCUUUUCUGUUAUGUCAUCCUGAAUAUAAAAGCUGCAAGGAUGCAAGCGGGUGAUGUUGAAUAUGCAUGCCACCAGUAGGACCUUGCUAAAGCAAACCUGUUUAUUAGAGAGCCAAAAAAAACAACAAAAAUACAAAAAACAGGAAAAACUUUGCACGAUUCAGCCUUGCCAGUGAGCUAAAGUGCUCUCUACCACUUCUUUGCUGAUCAUGUGAUAAAUGCACAAAUGAAACAUGCUCACAGCAGUGUUUGCCUGACCUUCCUCUGGCCUUGAGACUCUUUUUUUCUUUUUAAUUUUUUACGGUUGUGGUGCAGCGUGACUCAGAAUACUGUCAGAUGUCAGUAAAAUAAUUACGGCGCAUUCGACAGCCAAUUUGUUGAGGCAUGAAGGUUCGGCCCUGUUUUUCCUCCAGGCUCUCUGUGUGCCCCGACAUGCUCGGCGGAGGAAUCUUUUUAUGUGAACAAAAAAAAAACUGUGAUGAAGAUCGACGGAUCAUCUCACAAGCUUAGGCCUUAACUCAGAGGACUGUUGAAGCGGCGAGAGAGCGAAAAAAAAGCUGUCAAAUAUUCAGCAGCAACAAACGGGAACAAACUCACCCAGUACAAUGUCUAAGUACCCCGCAGUUGUUAAUUUAUAACGCCGGCCCGCACGGCGGCAGAUUUCCCGGCCGUACGGGAGCUGUGUGGUGGAGAAAUGCAUCGUUCUUCUUGGACCUUCUUUGUUUUGCCUCACUCCACAUCAUGUCUUACUUCCGUAUAUGUUUUUACAUUAGUUUGCACGUGUUACCGUUGUGUUUGAUCAUGUGAGAUUGAUUGUUGAUCGGACCUGCUUGAAACGAGGUCAAGAAUUCAUUUGGUACUUUCAGAUUUGGUAUCUACGUUUGGGCCUGUGAAACAGGAUGUAUUGUGAUUGACUGCACAGCCAUUGAUUUGUUGUUUUUUGUUUAAUAAUUUAUGUUAAGCUUAUUAUAGAAGAUAUAUCUGUAAAUCAAAGAUCUCAAGUGACCUUUGUUCAAUCGAAAGCUAAAAGAUCGUGUUUGUGUUGAAGCUUCCGGGUCAGAAACGUUCAGAAAACUCCUCGUCAGAGUUGAUUUAUUGUCUUAAUUCAAUUAAAACAUAUGCAAGCUUGCUAAUCGCACCAUCAAAUGACCAAUAAGACGAGCAGGAAUCAAGAUACUGAACUUUCACCACCAAAAUCGUCCCGAUUUAUCAUUCUAAAAUCACAGUUACAAUUAUUUAAAUGACGCAUGGCAUAAAUAAUCGAUUGAUUAAACGAUCAGCUCACUAUUUAUUAAAACAUUUGUUCACAUUUUAACUUUGUGUUAACUUUUUUUUGCCUUUAUAAACAGUGUGUGUGUGUGUCCACCUAUCUGAUGUGUGCCAGUGUGAGGUUAUCGAACCUUGAACAUAAUUCAGAGUUAAUCUUUAUCCAUCUUCCCCGCAGUGCAUUUUGUCAGUGACUACCUCUCCAGAGCAGCACUGUACCUCCUGUGUGUGACAGCAGUGUCGCAGUUUUCUCGUAGGCUUGUACAGUCUGUCCCAACUGUCCCCAAAAUGUAUUUUCUAUCAUCGCUGAUUGUCCUUGAGUUGGCGGGACAUCCUUAAGUUAGAGGAAGUCACGCCGAUGUGAGACAGGAGAGCGUAAACAAGCCGCCGGGCACAGUCAGUCCAAGAGUAAAAGCGUCGGUAUCGGUGACUCAAGUGCCCAGCUGUUUUAUGUGCUUGCCCUUCUCUUUGCCGUGCUCAGUUUACUCCAGGGAAAACUGGACAUUUGUCAGCGCUUUGCUUAUCUGAAAACCAGGACAAACAGGAAAUCACAGAGUGAAGGAAGCUUGCUACACAAAGGGAAACAUUUAUUCGAGUAUGCAGAAUAUGCGAUUUCCAGCGUCCAUGGUCCAAAUUAGCGCAACAUGCCUCGUCUGCUUGAAACACUUUUCUUGUUAAGACUUUUAGGAUUUAAUAGCAUCAUUUGUAAGUAACCCUGCUAUGUUUACUCCAGCCAGGCAUCUCGUUGCUAAUAUGGCCUUAUCUUUUACAAGCCCGGUUAAUGAUCACAAACAUCACGUUCACGUGUCGUAAAAUGUAUAGCCGAAAUGUUUCAAGUCUUUGUUUCAUACAUUGCAGUCGGACGGUAUGUGGUCUUAUUGUUACCGGCUGUUUUCUUUUUAAAUUUUGGGGAUUUUAAGGGAAGUUUUGCCGUAAUGAUACAAUUGCACCUUUGUUCACGGUGAAUCUUGGUUUCACUGAGGCCUUUUUGGCUACAUCCAAAUGCCCUUCCAGGGGUCAUUAGUAAAAUGUUCCCUGCGUGGUCCCGUUUCUGAAAGAAGAGCCUCAGUCCUUAGUGUGCUGGCUAGCAACCAGUUUUAAAGUUUCAAGCAAAGGUCACAGACAAAGAUGAGAGAAAGGAAAAAGGAGGAAAAUGACACCAGAGAAAGAGAAUUACUCAGCUUUUAAAACAUACAGACUCGAUAUGUUUGCUCUGGUUUCAUUUGUGCCGAUCGUGACCUGUUGGAUUCCAAACAACGACGGCAAGUAAAGACAAAGUCCUGGCACCAUUAAGCUGUAUAUAAUAUGUAUUUUACGGUGCAGUAGCUGGCUGUAAAUGUAGGGACAGGUCACAGGACGACUUAUACGUCGCUCCAAAGUAAAUUUGAUAUAGUAACACAGCUCAUCGUAGUGGUGCAGUGCAGUCGCCUGUGCUGCUGACACUAAAAAUCUCUGUCCUGCAGUGCACCAAACGAGGACGAUCAAAACAAAGCCUGUCACUCAUUGCAUUAAGUGUGUUUGGCCUUAAUCUGGUGGUCAUUAGGAGUUGUGUAAUCACAGCAAAAUACACUUUUAUUCAUCGUUUAGUAAAACAGUUCUGUCCUUUAUCUGACCCUGGAUUCAUCCUCUGGGAAGCGGUUAUAGUUUAUGUUUCUCUUAAAGUUGAAGAGUGCCAUAGAGAGCAUCCUGCUUGAAUUGCACAUACAUCUGGACCUUUCUCCCGUUUCAGCUCUGUCAUGGUCAGUCCGCGUCAGCAUCAUGACACAUCUGAAUGUUUUCAGCGUCUCACUUUUUCCUCCUAACAUUUGGAUUUCUAUCCACAAAUAUUUUUGUCCGGGAAUUGCCUCAGUCUUAUUUUUUCUCCCCCUUCCCGAACCUCCAGAGCUGUGACUACGGCCUUUGAGUCACACGAUGAGCACAUUUAGCUCCCCCCUUUUCUUUUUUUUUCCAGUGAAGUGACUGAGAUGAGGUCAGUCAGCCGCCAAAAGGAGGAAGUUCGCGUGACUAAUAGGAUUUCCCCUUGGUUUGGUGAAAACUCUUAAUGCAAGCACUUUAAUCAGUGUCAGAAGAGGUCCGUUCUCAUCUACAUUUCUGAGAGAAUGCGCCAAAAUAAUUCUGAUUUCUUUUUUGUGUUGUUUCUCCUGAAUGUCCAAUGACGGUCUUUGUUUUUUACGUUAUUCAGGCCUUACGUAGCUCGGUUUUUGUGUGAGGCAGCGUGAUGGAUUUCAUUUCUUUGGACACAGCUCCUGUCCAGAAAACAAACUUAACAUACUGUAAGCGGAGGUGAGCUCACCCCUCCGGCGUGUGGGCAUUGUGUGCAACAGUACACGUCAUUGUACUGUUAAAAAAUCUGUAAUAUCUCUGAGGUGUGUACAUUUCUUUUUGAACAGUCUCAUAUCAAUUUACAUGAAUCCACAAAUCGCAUUAUUUAAAAAACAAAAAAAUAACUGCCAUGAUUGCAUCGACAUCUAAUCUCUAAACUAUGUAUAAAACUUUUUUUUUUGUUUUUUACUAAAUACAUGAUUGUAUUUACUAUGUAAGAUUAGUCCAUCUCUGUAUUCUGAUGCCUGUAGAUCAGGGAUAUGUGAAAACAGUUGGUUGGUUUCUUGUUUCGCAACAAUCAUUGUCGAACAGAAUCUGUAAACUCGGAUGGACAGACUCGUUUUAAUCAGCAAACCGUCUAUAUCACACACAUGACAAGGCCUUUAUUAACGAAUCGUCGCCAAGCGGACUGAACACUUGGCUUUUUAAGCGGGGACGUCUGUAACAAUGGACAACUGAACUUUUGAUUUCUUAAUGUUCAGACUCUACUUUUGUACCAUUCUGACACAUGAUAUUAAAAUAAACACUUACCACUGAA